AUGGCGAACUCCAAAGCCCACGACUUCAAUUGUCUGACCAUCAGUGAGCUGGAGGCGCUCGCAGCAGAGCGCAUGGACAAGCAAACGCGUGACUAUUAUAAUGAAGGCGCAGAUUCUGGUUCCACACUACGGGAAAACAUUACAGCAUACCAAAAGUAUCGCAUCCGGCCACGAGUUCUCCGCGACAUUUCUUCCAUUGACACGAGCAUAUCCAUUUUCGACUUUAGAAACAACAUUCCACUGGGUGUUGCACCAACCGCUAUGCAAUGCCUCGCGCACGAUGACGGUGAGCUAGCAACAGCACGAGCUUGUAAAGAGAUGGGUGUUGUAAUGGGUCUGAGUAGCUUUAGCACCACGAGUUUGGAAGAUGUUCGUGGUGCACUUGGUCCAGACCACCCAGGAGCACUACAACUCUACCUCUUUGAAGAGCGAGCAAAAUCUCGGGCUCUAAUUCGCCGUGCAAAAAAGGCUGGCUAUAAAGCUGUGAUGCUGACUGUCGACACGCCGCUCCUUGGCCGACGCAAUCUGGAGAUUCGGAACCAAUUCAAACUACCAAAGCAUCUCAGUGCUGCAAACUUCAACUGCACCGAGGAUAUCAAUGAUGACGAGAAGGCGGAAGAGGAAGAUGCGAGUCAAGUCAGCGGGGGUAGUGACCGAACUCCGCCCAAGGGACCUAUCACUUUCCACUCUCAUGCGCCAAAUCCAACGUUGAAUUGGGAUCGUGACAUUGCCUGGCUCAAGAUAAUAUGUCAGCCUGAAAUGCAAGUUUGGGUUAAAGGCAUCGCGACAGCUGAAGAUGCACUCCUUGCCUGCCACCAUGGUGUUGACGGUAUCAUUGUUUCUAAUCAUGGUGGUCGCCAACUCAACGGUGCGCUGGCCACCAUCGAUGCGCUGCCUGAAGUUGUGGAGGCUGUGCACUCAGCGCAAGGCGACCGGAAGAUUCCUGUACAUGUAGAUGGGGGUAUUAGGCAUGGAACAGAUGUGUUCAAGGCAAUUGCGUUGGGCGCUGAUUUUGUCUGGAUCGGACGGCCUGUAUUGUGGGGUUUGGCGUAUAAGGGUCAGGAAGGGGUCGAGUUGGCACUUAGACUACUCGGGGAUGAGAUCAGAUUGUGUAUGGGGCUUGCAGGUGUGACAAAAGUGGAGGAUAUCAGGAAGGAGUAUUUGGUCAAGGUUGACAGGAGUGGAUUUGUCAGUCGUUUGUGA